GGGAUCACAUGAGACGUUGGAUCUAAAACGAGCGGUCGGGAUCGAGCGAGUGAAGCGCACUUGUACUGUUCUAUGGGCCGAGGGGCGGCCCAGUUACCGCUGCCGGCUCCGUUGCGACCAGGGCAAAAUCGCGAGUCACUCCGGCACCGGCGCGCCGCCGGUUCCCCAGCCUCCCAUCUCCGAACGGUGCUUCCGUCCCCCUCCGCCUCGCUCCUUUCCCACCGGGACCGUCUAGCCUGCAUCAGCCAGCCCGCUUACCGCCGCGGCGCCGUCCAACGCCGCCGCCGUCUGUCCCCGCCUCCGCUGUCUCGCUCCCGCUCCACUGCAUAGCUCCUGUGAGCGGGGAUACAGUCUGAAGAGAGAAGAUGUCGUCGAAGAAGAACUACUACAAGGAGAAGAUGAUGCGGCGAAAAGAGGAGAAAAAAGUAGAACAGGAGACACCGAGUUAUCGAGAUCGUGCUAAGGAGCGUCGUGAAGAUCAAAACCCAGACUAUGAACCUACAGAGCUUGGUUCAUUUCAUGCAGUGGCACCUCCUGGGACAGAUUUGAGACUGGCUGAUGCACAAAAGAUUUCAAUUGAGAAAAGCAAAUAUCUUGGAGGUGACUUGGAGCAUACACAUCUGGUCAAAGGCUUGGACUAUGCUCUACUUCACAAAGUACGAAGUGAAAUUGAAAAGAAGCCUGAUGCAGAUGAUGAGAAGGAUGCAAAGUCAAGGACAACAAAAGAAGACAAGGCGGUCUCGUUCCGCACUGCUACUGCAAAAUCUGUCUACCAAUGGAUUAUAAAGCCACAAAGCAUAGUAAAGGCGAACGAGAUGUUCCUUCCUGGUCGAAUGUCAUUUAUUUACAAUGUGGAAGAUGGACUCACCAAUGAUAUUCCAACAACUCUUCACAGGAGCAAAGCUGAUUGCCCUGUUCCAGAGGAGAUGGUUACUGUCAGUGUGGAUGGCUCUGUACUUGACAGGAUUGCUAAAAUUAUGUCAUACCUUCGACUUGGAUCAUCAGGGAAAGUCUUAAAGAAAAAGAAAAAGGAGAGAGAUACAAAAGGGAAGACCAAUUUUGCAAGCGGUGACUAUGAUGAGCCAGUAAGACCGUCUCAAACUAAUGGUUCUGCUCUGAAAAAUCAAUCAGAAAAGGAUAUGCCACCACCACCCCCUCGGAACAAUAAUUUUGAUGGAAUCGAAAAACAUUCUGUCCCUAUUGCUAGAACAGAUGAUGAUGACAUCUUCGUUGGAGAUGGAGUUGACUAUUCUGUUCCUAACAAGGAAAUGAGCCAGAGCCCUGUUUCUGAGGAUAUGGAAGAAUCCCCACAUAACCAUCAGAUGCAGUCCUAUUUCACUGAACCUAUGUAUGGUCCUGUACCACCAUCUGAACCUGCUCAGGCUUGGCAACCACCGAAUGGGUAUGAUGCUGCUCAAGCCCAAAUGGUAGCUGCUGGAUAUCAAGGCGACUGGUCAGGCUAUGUGUAUGCAGAACAGCAGUUGGGUUAUCCAGAACAGUAUGUGCAACAAAGUACCCACGAGUAUGAUGUGUUAGCUGACCCAAGCAUAUCCCAAGAUCCAAGGUUCAUGACUCAAGCAGAUAAGGAUCGGGGUUUAGGUUCUGUUUUCAAACGUGAUGACCAAAGGCUUAAGCAGCUGAGGGAAAAGGAUUCACGGGAGAAAGAUCCAAAUUUUGUUUCAGAUAGUUACUCGGAAUGUUAUCCUGGCUAUCAGGAAUAUAAUAAUGAGAUUGCAGGGAGUGAUGAUGAAGAUGAUUUAUCAAAGAUGGAUAUGGGUGGACGGGCUAAGGGCCGUCUCCACAGGUGGGACUUUGAGACGGAAGAGGAGUGGGCGAAAUACAACGACGAGAAAGAAGCCAUGCCAAAGGCUGCAUUUCAAUUUGGGGUGAAGAUGCAGGACGGCAGGAAGACCAGGAAGCAGAACAAGGACCAGAAGCUCACGAAUGACCUCCACAAGAUCAACAAGAUCCUGGCCAGGAAGAAGGGCGAGAAAGAUGGAGCAGACGAUGGCGGCCAUUACGAUGACGAUUUGCCUAACGCGAAGAAACAACGCGGCUGAUGUUGUAGCUCAUUUUUCGUUUCUCCUGCCUGUAGCGUAGUGUACUGAGAGAGUUACAGUGCAAUGUUUAGUUGGCAGCUGCGUUCCACAGCCUUUUUUUUUUCCUAAGGUGGCCGGUUCCGAAGAUGUUCAUACUUCUGAGCUGAAACAAUGGAAGAAGCUCUAUGUAUGCAACAUUUUUUAAACAAAGGCCUGUAUUUAUAAUGGAUCAGCUAUUUGCUUUGUCGAAGAAAUCAUAUUGCCUGGCACUUGUGAUCU